CCAUGUGUAGCGUCACCCCGGAUCCGAAGACGUACUUCCCGAAAAUCGAGGGUAAUCUCACGCGGGUCGUCUGGGCUCACGCGGUCAACAGCCAAGAGCUCCUGAACAGCACGCUCAAACGAGAAGACGUCAUGAUGCUGGAGGGCGACGUGGUGCUGGGCAGAUUGAAUACUUCGGCAGAAAACGCAUACAUGAUUCCAAUAAUGGCGCAUCCACCUAACAACCAGAGUGAUCUGUCGCUUGAAGAAUUCCUGAAGACCGUCUCCACGAAUAAAGGCACGAUGGGUGUCAAGCUCGACUUCAAGUCCUUGGAAGCCUUUACCGCUAGUCAGACAAUCUUGAAAAAAGCUCACGAUGACUUCGAGUACCCCAUUUUCCUCAACGCGGACAUACUUCCUGGACCAGUGAACGCGACCACUUUGCCGGUCGAUGCGAAAGCCUUCGUGUCUCAAGCGAAGUCAUUCGAGAAUUGCACGUUGUCGAUCGGUUGGACCACAAGAUACGGGAAGGAAGAUAACAUCAAGGACGGUGCAUACACGAUUGAGCAGAUCGACAGCAUGAUCAAGACCCUGAAGGAGCAUAAUGUGACUCAGUCGGUAACUUACGCCGUACGAGCUGGUUUAGCCGCAAACAGUGCCACCGUGAUCAAGUCGUUAAUAGAGCAAAGCUCCAAAAUGAAGAACCCGACACUGACCAUCUGGUCGUCCGAGGGCGACGAGGUCAACGCGGAAAAGUUGUCGCAGCUGAUCAAAGAUGUCGAUGUCCAGAAUGUGUACAUCGACGUACCGGAAAGUCUGAUGAAGAAGCUCCAACUAUCGGGAGCGUCCAGUCUCAGCGUCACCACGAUGAUUAUCGGGGCGUCUCUGUUUGUCAGCAUGUUCCUCUCGAGCGUCACGCGAAGAGUUUGAGCUGUACACAAACUCAGCAGACGUUCCGUGCACCGAAUGGAUUUCAGGGUCGAGAGCUCGCGUUCCGUUUCGUCUCCUCGAAAUAUGUCCGUUUCGAAAGCAAACGCAAGUCGUCGAUGGGAUGAAAUCGAACCGCGAGCGAAAUGUCGUGUGUCACGAUUCCAAAUCAAAAGCAUUAUAUCCAUUGUGUCGCCAUCGCUGCGUUAGCAGCGUGUCCCGAUCGCGCGUACUUCUUAGCGUGUAAGCUUAAUUUGCAAACGUGUUUUCUAAGUAUUUCAAGGGGGCUUUCUUAGGAUACCUUCGUCGUAAUGAAAAUCUUGCUUUACAUCUGGACAUAUUGUACUUUUCUUUUUCCACAUUCGGUUUUACUUCGCCACGUCGCGGCCGGCACGAUUACUAGAAUUCUAUGGAAACGCGAUCGGUAAGGGAUGGUUGGUAAUCCCGUAUCUGUUUCAAGCGAUUUUCACUAUUGGAGUAAGAAGAUAGGGUAAGAUAUAACGUACUAGAAACUCACUAACUCGAGACCUUUACAGAUUCAAGUGAUAACUUAGUAGGGAGAAGUCCAACGUUAAUCGAACACUCUUUUUCUUUUUAAUCACGUUGAUACUGCACCGCGUAUAUGAAUCUUGCGUCCCGACGAAACCAUGAUGAUCGCGCGGAAACAAAAAAAAAAUCACGAGCACGUAUAGUUAUAUGGGAACGUUUUUCGCACUACUCUUGUGUAUAUCUCGAGGCGUAAGGAUUCUUUUGAACGAUGUCGCGUCGAACGCGAGACAUCUCUGUAGUGUGUUAUAUCGUACCUUUUUAAUGAUCACCGACGUAUCGCCUGUACCUGCCUUGAACAUAUCCCAGACUUAGACGCAGAGCAAACUCGAUACUAGUUUCGACAAUUAAUCUGUGUUGGAAUAAUACAAGUAUUCAUGCUUGUAGAGUUCCGUCGUAGAGCGCAUAUUAUCGGUGGAUUCCAACAAUCUGUAUACAUGUAAGCCAAAGGAUUGCGUACGCGUACUACUUUGCCGGCGCACCGCGUUUGAUAACGAAACAAUAAAAUCAUGUGCAAAUGUUCACGGAA